AUGGCUACUAACUGUGUCCCUCAUCUGUCCCAGCUUGUACAUGUGGCCACCCCUGACCCAACCAAAGUGGAGAAGGCUACACUGAAGGAGAGAUGUGUAGCUGCAGCCAUGGCCUUGGUUGCUGAGGCCAAGUGCCUACUGGAUGACAAGGAGCAGCUUCAGGAGGAAUGGGUCAUAUGGAUGUGCUGGUGGGAAGAGAGGAUGUGCAGAUGGGAGCUUGGGGUAGACACAAGGAUCAAUGUGAUGGACAGGCCAGCUGUGGCAGAGGCCAACAAGGCCUAUGAGAAGUGGACAGCAGAGGAGUGUUGA